ACAAAAUGGGCAAGAAAAAUAAGAAAGAUAAGAAAGGGAAAGGAAAAGAGAAGACUGCGUUGAAGACAGAAAGAAAUGCUGAAAAACGGGCGAAAAAAGAACUCGCAGAAAAGGGAGAGGAUGACAUUGAGAAGCUAAUAGCAGAGUUUCAAAACAAAGACAAGAAAAGAGUGCAAGUGGUUGAGGAAAAAUGUGAUCCCCCAUCACCAAGAUGCAAUAUGACAUUGUCCUCACAUCCUACCAAAGAGGAGUUGAUCAUGUUUGGUGGAGAGUACUGCACUGGCAAUAAGACUUACAUGUACAACGACCUGUUUUUCUACAAUAUCAAAAAGAAGGAGUGGACUAAGGUCACUGCCCCAAAUGCUCCAACACCAAGAAGUUCACAUCAGGCAAUAACCUUAAAACAAGGAGGAGGACAGCUUUGGAUAUUUGGAGGGGAAUUCGCCAGCCCUACACAGUCACAAUUCUACCACUACAAGGAACUCUGGGUCUACCACAUCAAAGAAAAGGCAUGGGAAAAAAUUAGUGCCCCAGGGGCUCCUGCUAGUAGAAGUGGACACCGAAUGGUUCAUUGUAAAAAACACAUUAUUGUGUUUGGUGGUUUCCAUGACAAUAUCAGAGAUUAUAAGUACUACAAUGAUGUGUAUGCGUUUGACCUGGAGAAUUACUCUUGGAACAAGCUGGAACCCUCAGGAGCCCCACCAGCCCCAAGGUCAGGAUGUAUGAUGGCUGCCAUUCCUGAUCAAAACAAGGUCAUCAUCUAUGGAGGGUACAGCAAGGAGAAAGUCAAGCGUGACGCUGACAAGGGCACAGUUCACACAGACAUGGUUAUGCUGACCACUGAAGGUAAAGUAAAAGAUGAGAAUGCACCUCUGAAAUGGAAAUGGGUCCACAUGAAACAGUCUGGUACCAAACCCUCACCCAGGUGUGGUGUAUCACUGGCUCUUACUCCUGGUAAUAGAGCUGUCUGCUUUGGAGGCGUGUAUGACCAGGUGGAGGAUGAAGAAGACCUGGACAGUUUGUUUUUUAAUGAAAUGUACACAUUGGAUCUGGAGAGGGGCAAGUGGUUCCCCCUCACUCUCAGAGGCAAGAAAUCUGUUAAUACUGAAAAGAGGAAAAGGAGAAAGAAAAAAGAAGAAGGACAGGAUGAUGGAAGUGAUGAAGAGGAAGAUGAUGAGGAGGAUAAUGACAUGGAAGAUGAGGAUGUGGAGGAAGCAGAAGAAGAUAUAAAAAAAUUAAAACUUGAUCUUGAGACAGAUGUUCAAAGUCAGGACACAAACUGUAGUACAAGUAGUCAAGACAUUGACCAGGGGUUGGGUCAAAGGUUAGGUCAAGGGUCAGGUGAGGGUGAAGAAGACAUCUUCAAGGUGACGAUGGGUCCGAAGCCUGCUGGACAGACAGAAGACAUGGAGGAGGAGUCUAUGGAUGUGGAGGUUUUUAUGCCAACACCAAGGAUGGGUGCUCUAAUGACAGUACGAGGUGGGGAGUUGUUUCUGUAUGGAGGACUGUGUGAGGUGGGAGACAGACAGAUCACAUUCUCUGACUUUUACUCUCUAGAUCUACAUAAACUGGACGACUGGACAGUACUUAUACAGAACAAACAGACACUGGAUUGGGACGAGUCUGACUCGGAUGAUGAUGAGACUAAAGGAGCAAGCGGAGGCAAGGAAGAAGAAGAUGAUGAUGAUGAUGAUGAUGAUGAUGAAGAUGAUUCAGAUGAAGACAUUGCAGCAAUAUUGGAAGGAUGUGAUGUACCAGAAAGGUUAGAGGAAGAGGAAGUGAUGACAUAUUUUGAGAGAACUAAGGAAUUCUGGGAAACACAGUCACAGAAAUAUUUCAAAAAAGAAGAUCUCAAAGUGACUAAAAGAACAAUUACAAAGUUUGCUAAAGAAUUGUGCCAAGAGUACUGUGAUCAGUGAUUGGAUGUGUUCUUUUACUAAAUAC